GUCCUUAGCAGGUUCUCUUUAGCUGGCGUUCUGGCGUCACCGGGCGGGACAAAUCGCAGAGGAGAGGGAGAGAAGAAUGUCUUCGUUAAAUUAUAUGGAACUUUGUCGUCUUUGCCUAGUAAAAGAACGAGUGUCGAUACCAAUUUUUGAAGGAGAAGGAAAUGUACGCCAGAUAUUUCUUAAAAUAGCUUCAUGCCUCCCCGUAAAGGUUGCAAGGGAUGACAAACUUCCAAAGAAGAUCUGCAGUGAUUGUAUGUAUAAAUUAGACAAUGCAUAUCAGUUUUGGAAUACAACUGCAAAUGCAGAGAAACAGUUAUUGCAGUGGCUUGGUGAAAUUGCCAGCGAUGACAAGAAGAGUGUCCCUAGCAACACAAUAGAAACUGAGCAGUUGGUGUUGAAAGAAGAGGCUGUAGAGCAAGAUCAGGGAUCAGAAUUAGCCAAGGGUCUGAGUCGAGUAGAAGCUGUUUUGGCUGACGAUUGUAAGGGGGGAAGUGAGGACGAAGAUGAGUCGGAGAGUGAGGACGAGGGUUCUAACAGUGAGGACAGUGGGGAGGAUGAUGGUGGUGAAGCCCCAAGCAAAGAAGAAGCAGAGUCGGAUGAAGAGCCAUAUGGACCUUUGGAACCCACAACGUUUGUCAAUGUAUCUCUUGCGGGGUGUGAUGAAGCUGGUCCUUCUGGGAUGCAGCAACAGCAGCAAGAACAGCAACAACAAGAACAGCAGCAUCAUCAGCAGGAGCAACAACAGGGUCCUCAGCAGAGCCAGUCAUUGCAACAAGUCCAGCAGUCAUCACAGUCACAGUUCCUCACUCCAGGAGCACCGUCCACAAGCACCGCAGCACCCACUUCAGCCAGUGGAUCUGCAGACAGUGCUUAUAAUGAAUCUAUUGGAAAGUUGAAAAGCAGAUCAACCAAGGAAGAGAGUUCAAACAAGUGUGAAUUCUGUGGAAAAUCGUUUGUAAAGAGUAAGCUACUGAUUCACAGAAGGAUCCAUACAGGGGAAAGGCCAUUUGCUUGUACUGAGUGCGGCGAGGCAUUUAUCUCAAAAGGUGCUAUGACAGUUCAUAUGGUCAUACAUAGUGAUGAGCGGCCAUAUUCCUGUGAAUUGUGUAGUAGUAGGUUUAAACGGUCAUUUGAGUUGAAAAAUCAUAGGAAAAUUCACACAGGGGAAAAGAGCCAUGUGUGUGACAUCUGUGGUUACUCAUGCAUCCAGAAGACUAACUUGGUGAAUCAUAGAAAAAGACAUCUGAAUGAUUACAAGUUUAGGUGUGUUGUUUGCAUGAAAGGAUUUUACACAAACAGUGAAGUCCAGGAGCAUAUGAUGGGACACACUGGUGAGAAACCAUUUCAGUGUGAUGUGUGUGGUUUGGUGUACCGUUACCGGUAUCAGCUGGUCCAGCAUUAUAAGUUACAUGACCCAAAGUAUGUACCUCCUCCUAAGUUACAUCAGUGUGACAUCUGUAGCAAGUGUUAUUCCCACAAGAAAGUGUUACUGGUGCACAUGAAAUCCCAUACAGGGGAGAGCCAAUGUGUCUGCGACAUUUGUGGCAAAGUUCUGUCAAGCAAAGAUUAUCUGAAAGUACAUGUUCGUACCCACACUGGUGAGAAGCCCAAUGUGUGUCAUGUGUGCGGGAAGGCAUUCAGCUCAAAGCGAUAUUUGAAGAUCCAUCAGCGUACCCAUACAGGGGAACGGCCGUUUACAUGCGACUGUUGUAAGAAGUCUUUCACACAGCGUUCCUCCCUGAUUGUUCACAAAAGAUCUGGAGACAAAGCCUCUAGAGGUACAAAAAGCAGCUCCAAAAAGGAAAAGGUUUCAAACAAAUGUGAAUUCUGCGGAAAAGUUCUCAUCAAAAGUAAAAUGCUAAUUCACCGGAGGAUUCAUACUGGGGAACGGCCAUUUGUGUGCACUAUUUGUGGAGAGGCAUUUGUGUCCAAAGGAGCAUUAACAGUUCACAUGGUGAUUCAUAGUGAAGAACGUCCCUUUCCUUGUGACAUUUGUGAUCGCACUUUCAAGCGAGCAUUUGAGUUAAAAAGCCAUAAAAAAAUCCAUACUGGGGAAAAGAACCAUGUAUGUGAUAUUUGUGGUUAUUCAUGUAUACAGAGAGCAAAUCUGGUGAAUCACAGGAAGCGGCAUCUCAGUGAGUACAAGUACAAAUGUGAAGUCUGCAACACUGGAUUCUACACAAAGACAACAUUUCAAGAGCACAAAACAAUCCACACAGGUGAAAAACCUUACCAGUGUGACAUUUGUGGUCUGGCAUAUCGGUACAGAUACAGGCUAACACUGCAUAAGAAGACACAUGAACCUAAUUUUACACCCCCAGAAAAGAAACACCAAUGUGACAUCUGUAAGAAGCGGUUUGCACGCAAGCAGGUUAUGUUACUUCAUCUGAAAUCCCACACAGGGGAAAGCCAGUUUGUGUGUGAUAUAUGUGGUAAAAAUGUUGCCAGCAAGGCAUCACUGAUGGUGCAUGUGAGGACUCACACUGGUGAGAAACCAAAUGUAUGUGAUGUGUGUGGUAAGGCAUUCAUAUCUCGCAACUAUUUGCGUGUUCACCAGCGGACUCAUACGGGAGAAAAACCACAUUCAUGCGAUGAGUGUGGUAAAUCCUUCACACAGCGCUCAACUCUUGUAGUGCACAAGAGGUCACAUACAGGACAAAGACCAUACAUGUGUCAUGUAUGCCAAAAAGGCUUUGUUUCAAGGACUCUUCUUAUGACCCACCAGAAGAGUCAUGAGCACAUGUUCUAAACAAGAAUAAUAACUUUGUUUUAUAAUGUUGCAUCUGGUUUUUGAGGCCCUAUCUAGUCAGUAGUAUUACACUAUUGCACACACUUUAGUUUCUUAAUCACAGUCAGUAUAACAGAGUGAUUGAAAAAAUAUAUGUGAUGUAUUUGUUGUAAUUGUGGUUAUUUAUGGGAAGGAUGUAUCUCGGUAUGAUAGUAGCUGCUAGUGAAGAAAUUUUAUUUGUUCGGAACACUUACUGUCAAGAAAUGUCCAUAUUGUUACUGGCAAUGAAUGGGUUGGUGGGACAGGUGGAAUGUGUUCCUCCUUCGUGUGGGUAACUAGAGUUGUUCUACUCCAGUCAGCAGAGAAAUGUCUGACACACAGGAAAAAUGUUCUGUGCCAGAUAUGUGGAUAGUUUUGCAUAAAAAUGCAUUGCAGUCUGCUACUCAUAUAAAAUGUAACUUUCUUUUGCUGCUAUUGCUAAAUUCAUUCAAGAGUUUCCAAGAGCCCUUUGCAGACAGGUUUGGUUGCAGGUGUUUCAAAGCACAUAUUUAAGCUCUUAGCUAUGCUGAAUUGUUCUAUAUUGUGGAGAGCAUAGCUACCAAGCUCUGGGCCUCCUUAGUUAUUGACAGUUUCCCUCAUCAUUGAAUACUUCAUGACUGGUUGCAUGCACAGUAAAGGUGGAACUUUUAACAUUUUAGGAUGUAAAUAAUCUCAUGCCCAAAAAAUUGGAAAGUGAUUAGCAUUUAUGGACCCACUUCAGUUUAUGCACCCAUUGGAAUCAAAACAAGUCUUCACAUUACCACUUUGAAUGCGAAUUUUGUUUUUAUCCGAAGUAUGUAUUAGGGGCUUCACACACGUUUCCAUUGUUCACAUAUCCAGUACUGAAAGAAAACAAAUUGCAAGUUUUAGGGUCUUUUGAAUAGGCAUUUUUCAGGAAUGUGACAAAAUCUGAUGGCAGACACUGGUUAGAAGAUCCACUUUGUGAUAUAGUUUGGCUGGUGGUGAUAAUCUGCCAGAAAUUGAAUUUGCCAUUUGUUUUCUGAAGUAAUUUUUAUGAAAAAAUAUUUAUAUGAUGAGUUGAAUGUCUGUAGUUUGUAUUCUUUCAGUAUUAGGUGUUAUGGUAACAUUUUACAUUGUGAUCAUAUUGUAUCUGAGCUGCUUGUGCUAGAUGCAGAUAAUUUACAUGUCCGAGCAAAGCCAACUGAGGUGUUUGAUCAGAUAUAGACGAGGAAUGUGAACCCUGUACUUUGUACAUGGAUUAGCAUGAAGCUGAAUGUAGGUAUUCACAAAAGAAAAGGAGAAAGGCCAUGCUGCUAUGUGUAGGAGAAUCCAUUGUGACAGGUUUGAAUACAGAACUGUGUGCUGUGACUGGCUGGCUGUUUGACUGGUGCAAAAAUAUAUCAUUGAGCUGAUCCAGAUAAUACCACAAUUACCAUUUGUGUGUGCAUUAAAGCUGAUAUCGAGAAAUGAGUGGCAUCAUUCAGUUUCAUAAUUUUGAAAUUUCAUUCACAUUUUGUUUUUGGAACUUCCUCCUUGAAUUAUCAGUUGAUUUUGCAGAUUUUUAUUGUUUAUGGUCCCUGGGAAAAUUCUGAAAUUUUUUUUUUUUGCAUUGGCAAAGUACUUACACAUUUGCAUUAUUGCGUCUGAAGAUGGAGUGUAGGUCGCUUUGGGCAAGGCCUUCCUGUUGGCUGUUAUGUAGGAAGAUGGGUGGGACUCAGAGCUUUUGGAGAUGUUGCAGAGAGUAAUGUUUUGCCCCUGAAAAGAAUCAUUCCUUGAUUCCCUGCUUGUCCAGUCUUAUGUAGACUUGCCACUUUACUGACUGAACUGUCUCUGUUCUUCAAUAUAAUUUUCAUUGAUUAUGCAUAUUUUGUGAUCAAGUGUUUGUUAGUGUUUUAUAUUUACAUUGUUGCAUCAGCAGAUACUGUGGAGAUGUGUCUGCCCAUAGUGAGCAUUAUAUUUUUACUUGUAUUUUAUUUUACAGUUGUGAAUAUAUAGACUAAAAUCAUUGAGAGGCAGGAUGGUUGAUGAAUGGGGAAGGAUGUGAUUGUGGCCAAAUCAAGGCAUAUGGCAUUUGUCUUUAGAGACCGAAGAAAACAGUGAAUGUCCUCUGUUAGUACAGACAAUGUCCGGGUUAAGAUAUGAGUUGAUGGUGACCUGAGUACCAUUAUGUGCAUUAUGUAUGAGUAUGUCACUGUGUUAGUUCUAGUAGGUGGUUAUGGAAAGGCACUUCACUUAAAUUCAGAUAGAGCUGUUCAUCCUCAGCAAGUUUCAAUACAGGUAUCUGUCAUUAUAUGAACACUAUGAAUUUUCACUACAAUGAAGCUUGUUAAUUUCUACCCAUUUUUCACUUAACGAAGUCCGUUUUCCACUUCAGUGAACAACAUUUGUAACUUUGGUGACUUCUGCAUUUGAAAACUGGUAAAUCCAUCCCUGUAACAGGCUGUGGAGGCCCAUAGGUUGUGAGUUGCCAGGGCGCCAACAUUUUCUAGGCAGU